AACAAGGGGAUGGCGGCUCACAUAAGCCAGAACCGACUCAAGGCCAAGGGCAUGGGCCAGCAUCACAACGCCCAGAACUACAACAACCAGAGCUUUGAGGAGCUGCGAGCACUCUGCCUACGGAAGGGGGAGCUGUUCAAGGACCCCGUUUUCCCCGCUGAACCCAGUUCACUGGGCUUCAAGGAACUGGGCCCCAACUCCAAACACGUGCAGAACAUCACGUGGCAGCGGCCCAGUCAAAUCACAAGCAAUCCUCAAUUCAUUGCGAAUGGGGUCAGCCCGACCGACAUCUGCCAGGGGGUGCUCGGGGACUGCUGGCUGCUGGCUGCCAUCGGCUCCCUUACUACCUACCCCAAACUGCUGUACCGCGUGGUGCCCGGGGGGCAGAGCUUCAAGAAAAACUAUGCUGGCAUCUUCCAUUUUCAGAUUUGGCAGUUUGGGCAGUGGGUGGACGUGGUGGUGGAUGACCGGCUGCCCACAAAGAAUGGCAAGCUGGUGUUCGUGCACUCAGCCGAGCGCACCGAGUUCUGGAGUGCCCUGCUGGAGAAGGCGUACGCCAAGCUGAACGGAUCCUAUGAAGCCCUGUCUGGGGGCAACACGGUGGAGGGCUUUGAGGACUUCACGGGGGGCGUGACCCAGAGCCUCCAACUCCAGAAGCCCCCUCCGAACCUGCUGAGGAUGCUUAGAAAGGCCAUAGAGCGAUCCUCCCUCAUGGGGUGCUCCAUCGAAAUCAACAGCCCAAGUGACUUGCAGUCGUUGACGCAGAGGAUGCUGGUGAGAGGACAUGCUUACUCAGUGACCGGCCUUCAGGAUGUCCUGUACCGCGGCAGGAUGGAAACACUGAUUCGGGUCCGGAAUCCCUGGGGCCGGAUUGAGUGGAAUGGAGCCUGGAGUGACAAUGCCAAGGAGUGGGAAGAGGUGGCCCCAGACGUCCAGAGGCAGCUGCUGCACAGGAAGGAGGAUGGGGAGUUCUGGAUGUCCUACCAAGAUUUCCUGGACAACUUCACCCUCCUGGAAAUCUGCAACCUGAUACCCGACACGCUUUGUGGGGACUACAAGAGGUGUUGGCACACCACCUUCUACGAGGGCAGCUGGAGGAGAGGCAGCACUGCAGGGGGCUGCCGGAGCUACACUGACACAUUCUGGACCAACCCACAGUUCAAGAUCUCUCUCCCCGAGGAGGAUGAUGCCCCAGAGGACGAAGAAACCGUCUGCACCUGCCUGGUGGCCCUGAUGCAGAAGAACUGGAGGCAGGCACGGCCCCAGGGAGCCCAGCUGCAGACCAUCGGCUUUGUCAUCUACUCCGUCCCAAAGGAGUUUCAGAACCUCCAGGACGUCCGCUUGAAAAAGGACUUCUUCGUGAAGUAUCAGGACCUGGGCUUCUCAGAGAUCUUCACCAACUCACGGGAGGUGAGCAGCCACCUCCAGCUGCCUCCUGGGGAAUACAUCGUCAUUCCCUCCACCUUGGAGCCGCACAAGGAUGCUGACUUCCUGCUCCGGGUCUUCACAGAGAAGCACAGCGAGUCCUGGGAACUGGAUGAAGCCAACUUCGCUGAGCUUCUCCAAGAGGAGAACAUCUCUGAGAAUGACAUAGACCAGGACUUCAUACGUUUGUUUCACAUAGUGGCCGGUGGAGAGGACAAGGAGGUGGGCAUGUAUGAGCUACAGAAGCUGCUCAACAAGGUGGUCUCCAAAGUCAAAAACCUCAAAACCAAGGGUUUCAGCCUGGACGUGUGCCGCUGUAUGGUCAACCUCUUGGAUAAAGAUGGCUCUGGCAAAUUGGGGCUUCAGGAGUUCCAGAUCCUGUGGAGAAAAAUCAAGAAAUGGAUGGACAUCUUCCGAGAGUGUGACCAGGACCACUCAGGCACCUUGAACUCCUAUGAGAUGCGCUUGGCAAUUGAGAAAGCAGGCAUCAAACUGAAUAACAAGGUGACACAGGUGUUGGUGGCCAGGUAUGCAGAUGACAGAAUGAUCAUGGACUUUGACAGCUUCAUCAGCUGUUUCGUGAGGCUGAAGGCCAUGUUCACAUACUUUCUAACCAUGGACCCUAACAAUACUGGCCAGAUUUGCUUGAACCUGAACCAGUGGCUGCAGAUAACCAUGUGGGGAUAGUCACUGCGGGAGCCUGGCUUCCUACUACCAUCAGCCCCGCCCCACCCCACCCCGCCCCACCCCCACCCCCGCCGGGUUCUGGCCUGGGGGGCG